GUGAUGUCAUGAAGCCUACAUCGAUCGCUCACCCGCCAGCCGGGCCAGGCCCAUACACGGGCCUGUGGGCCAGGCGCACACACCGCGCUACCCUGUGAAACCCUGCGGGACUUCACCAACCUGCCUUAACACUGUCCCAUCGCACACCCUGUGAAAUCCGUCGCCAAGCCCCCACUAAGUGUGGCCAACUGGGCCGUGUCAGUUACAAGUAUAGCUACCUGAAAGUAGUUAAAAUCGACUGACCUCCGAACACAAGGUCCUACCAGCGUUACUAGGUUAUUCCACACAGCAACUAUGAAUCGCCGCCGCUAGCGAGUGUGAGAGCCAGGAAGGAAGGAUGUCGGUCGGUGGACAGCGAAAUGCCAGGCACAGGCUUUUACUUCUUGUGUCGCUUCUUUGCUUGCUGGCAUUGUCAUCUACACUCGUCGCCGAGGCGAACCGUGACUUUGGGCCAGCAUUUACCCGGCGAUUACAACAAAUCCUCGGCAGUAAUGGAACAAUAGCCGGCGGGCGGCCACCGCCGCGGCCACCGCCGCUGCCCAGCCCGCCCGCCACCGCCACGCUUGUGUCCGGCAUCAGCAUCCGGCUGGUUGCGGUGCAGUUCUUCGCAGCGACCAACACCACGCCCGCGCUGUUCCGCCCCUUCAAUAUCAGCUCCGGGACAGCGGGCGGCCUGGGCUAUGCGGUGGCUCGCGUCACGCGCACCAACGCCACCGCGUUGACCGUGCCGGUCUGCCUGCCAGGCUGGUCGGACACAUUCGCCGCGAUUGCGUGCCAGGGCGCGGGGAUGCCGUCGGGGCGUGCCGUGCGGACCGACGGCAGCCCCGGGUCUUACCCCAACCUCAACAGCCCGGAAUCUACGAUCCUCACGGACCUGAGCUGCCCGCCCGGCGUCAUGUCGCUGGCCGCGUGCACCGCCGUGCUGCGGCAGUACUCGGCCGGGCAGUGCAAGUCCCUGGGCGCAGCACUGUGCGACGGCCGGCCGCCCGCCCCGCCGUCGCCGCCGCCUCCUGCACCACCCAGCAGGUGGCCAGCCCAGGCAGCGCCGCCACUCAGCGUGGACCCCGCUCAGUCGCCCCCCAUGGGCGAUGAGCCGGCGCUGCCGCCUGGGGCCGGUUUUGAGCCGCCGGGAGGCCCGGCGGACGGCGAUGUGCGGCUGGUGGGGCCGGAGGCGCCGCUGCGCGGGCGGCUAGAGGUCUACUACCAGGGAGUCUGGGGCACGGUGUGUGACGACAACUGGGACAAAAAGGGCAACCUGGCGGCGCAGGUGGUGUGCGAGCAGCUGGGCUUUAUUGGCGGCGCCUGGAGCACCAUCACCACACCCACCGCGUACGGCCCGCCGGGGCCAGUCCUGCUGGACACCGUUUUCUGCGGCGCCAACGCCACCCGCCUGGACGAGUGCACCCACGACCCCUGGUACCAGACCGACUGCGACAACACCGAAGACGUGGUGGUGGCAUGCGACCUCCCACCAUCGCCGCCUGCGAGUCCGCCGGCCCCGCCGCCCCGCCCACCGAACGCGGGGCGCUCACCACCGGAGCCGCCCGGGACCCCACCUCUGGAGCCGCCCGGGGCCCCGCCGCCUGCGCCACCCGCAAUUCCCAACCUUGCCCGCUUCGCCCUCACCUACGCCUCCUCGGUUCUUGACACCUUCUGCGAAGUCGGGGGCUGCUACCCCUUUUAUGCGGUGGAUGGGGACACGACCGACGAGACAAAGAUGCUGCACACGGCGGCAGGUGACACGCUGCCGUGGCUUUCCAUCGACCUGACCAACGUUAGCCGCAUUACAUCCGUGCGGAUCUACCACCGGCCAGGAUACCUGGGUCGAACCCGGAACUCGGAGCUUCGCGUCGGCAAUGCCAGCGUGACCAGCACGAGUGACAGCUUGUACGGAAACACGCUGGUGUGGAAGCAGCCGGCGGCGCUGUCGGAGAACGUGUCGGUCCUGGUGUUUGACCCGCCGGUGGUGGGGCGCUGGGUGACGUUCCAGAACAGGCACGACAACGCGACAAGUGGUGAACAGGUGCUGCAGGUGUUGGAGCUCGAGGUGUACGGCAACGAGGUGGCCGCCACACAGCGGCGCUUCCCGGAUGUCCUCCUGGGCUGUGUGGAUGAGGUUUUGGACAUCCCUCUACUCCUCUACGACAACACCGCGUCCACCCCAGACCUCUGCGCCCAGGCUGCACGAGCCCUAGGCGCCGAGUACUACGCUGUGCAGGGCGGCACCUGCUGGGGCUUCCCCUCCAAUGACAGCCUGGCCACACAGCUUGUCGACAACAUCGCCGGCGGGGCCUACUACUACGCCUUCUGUAAUGCACCCUGCCCAGGAGACGCCACGCAGCGCUGCGGCGGCGGCGCCGCCUUCGAUUUGUACCAGGCCAACCUGCAGGUGCCGCCUCCACCUCCACCUCCACCGCCACCUCCACCACCCCCGCCGCCUCGAGACGUCCCGCCCCCCCAGUGCUGCGCCUGCCCUGCGCCGCCACCGCCGUCGCCGCCGCAGCCACCUCUGCCGCCGCCAAGGCAGGAGCAAACGGGUCUGGUGCUGCCCGAGACGAGCGCACUGCUGGUACGCAAAGACGAGUCGUCCAGCCGGAGGUACUCUGCUGUCGUCCCGCCUGAUACUGUGGACUGGCGCAGCUCGGGUGUGCUGCCGCCCGUCACGACCCAGGGCGAGUGUGGCAGCUGCUACGCGCACGCGCCCGCGGCCUGCAUUGAGGCCCUGGCGGUGAUGGAGCACGCAUACACCAACCUGACAUCGCUGCUGGGUGCGGGAGGCGCUCGCGCGCUGCUGGGUCCGGAGCAGGUGGUGCAGUGCAAGCCUGGCGGCUGUGCGGGCGGCUGGGUGGGGGACACCUACAUCCAAGCCAUGCGCGGUCUGCUGUACCAGGAGGAGUGGGCCAAAGCCGUGGCUCUGACAACAGGCGCUGUAAGCGGGGCGCCCAGCGCCAACGGCACCUGCCCUGUGGCCACAAUCCAGCGGCUGUGGACGGAUCUCAACAGCACUGCGCUGAGGUACUCGCCGACCGGGCUGCGCAUUGAGGCGUGGGAGACCAUCCCAGCAUCCGAGUUCGCACUCAUCCAGGCCCUGGCCAACCAGCCGGUGGUGGCGCUGCUGCAUGCCAGCGAGGACUGGUUCGACUACUGGGGCCGGGGCCGGGUGUACGAUGGCAACUGCUCCUCCGACCCGUCCAAAUCCACACACGCGGUGGUGAUCGUGGGUUUCACGCCCGACACCUUCAUCAUCAGGAACUCCUGGGGCGAGAGCUGGGGCGAUGGUGGGUACAUGCAGAUUGUGCGCCAGGGCAGCUCGCAGCUGGCUGCCCGCCUGAACAAGUGCGGCAUCCUCAACUCCCUGUCCUACCCCACUCUCAAGCCAGUUUCACCUGAGCGGCGUGGUCAGCUGCUGCGCCAGGGCUGGUGCGCGGCGGAGGACGUGGUUGUGCCUGCGGACGGUGGCGGAAACGCCACGGCAACCACGCUCGCAGCGAAACACGAUGUGGCGAUCAACGACCUGAUUCGCGUCAACACCCACUUCAAGGCUGACCCCGAUGCCAUCAUCGAGGUCAACACGCGCUACUUCGUCCCGCCCUGCUCCGUCAACCCGCCGCGCCCGCCCGUCCCGGAUCUCGAGUGCGGCACACGGGCAGUGCUGCAGCUGCUGGGUAAUGAUGCGGAUGGCAGCCGGCCGCGCAUCCAACUCGGCCAGCCCACCACCCCAGCCGCGGCAUCGCCACCGCCGCCACCAUCCCAGUCGCCUGCGGACCGCGGCGGUACGGAGGAGCGUUUCACCGCCACCUGCCCCUCGGGCGCACACGUGAUUGGCUUCCGUGGCCGGGCCUGGGCGGGUCAGCCCGAGGUAGAGAGCUGUGUGCUGGCGGCGCUGGCUGGCCAGCAGUCCAAUCCCGCGAGCAGCAUUCUCUACAACCAGCUUGCCAACCUGCGUGACCGCAUUGUCAACUCCGUUCUGGAGCAGGCGGCGGUGUCAGCCGACCUAGCCGACCCUGCCUGGAACGGCUUCUUCACGUCGGUGGACCUGGUUUGCAGCGAUGGCAGUGUUCGCCCCACCGGCCGCGGCACCGGCACCAGUGGAGGCUACCAGCUACUGCCGACAGCAGCGGCAAACGCUAGCGCCACCGGUAGUUAUAGCAUCCUGGACUGGCAGGAGCCGGACUGCCCCGGCGGGUAUGACAUGGCGCGGUCACGGCUGCGGCGGGCCCCUUAUGAGCGACUGGAGCUAUUCCUGAGGUGCGCCGCGUCGCAGGAGUGGACAUCCUACCCGGCUGGCCUUCUGGCGGCGCGCAGGGCACCGGGCAUCACUUCUUCGUCCCUCACCAUCGCGCGGUACCGGUUCUCUCGCACGGAUGCGGGCGCUUUCACACCGGGCACUGCCGAAACCGCUGGGCUCUCCGUGGCAGAGGCACAGCUCCUGACCGCGAUUCGCGACAGCUGCGGUCCUGUGCUAGCAGCGCCGCCGGCGGGCGUGCCUGAUGCGCUGUUGCAGUUCAACGAGAGCGCGCCGCAGACCCUGCGGCCGCCGACCAGCACCGAGUCAGCGCAGCUGGCUGUGCCGUCGCUGCAGCUCCCAGCCUACCGUUCAGCGGAGCACCUCGUGUACUUCCAGCGCCAGGCGAGGCUGGAGGUGCUCGGUGGCGUGGGCGGCGGCGGCGGAUGCCCGCCCGGCCAGGUGGUCGUGGGCCUGCGCGGCCGGCGGCUGGCUCUCCAGCCCUCGUCCCUGUUCUUCAACGGCUCUGCGGAGUGGAAGUACGGCAGCCCGCUGCCCUUCAGGUUCCGCUACGCACCCGACUACACCUCCCUGUCUGCAGUGGAAGGCCUGAUCUGUGCCAAUGCAACGGCCGCAUCUGCUGCGAACGCGACAGUCGCGGCACCAUAUGACCCGCAGCCCAACGUCAUGCAAGGCAGUAGUGGGUUGCUGGUCGCGGCGGUGCCGGGCGCGGCCGGCACUGGUAAUAACUCAGACGUCCUGACCACCACCACCGUGACGUGUGAUGACAGCCUGAUGACAUCGGUCUUCGCGGCAAACGAUGGGGUGGACAUCAACCUGCUGGGUGCGCGCUGCUCUGACGGCAGCGCAGCUGGAACGGCGGGCGGCUUUGGGGCAACUGCGAAUGACACCAUCUCGGGUCGCUUCACAGUUGACUACCUGUGCCCUGAAGGCUUUGAUGCGGUGAAGCUAAUGGACGGAACCACCUGGGAUGGAAGCAGCAACGGCUCCGGCGUGGGCGGCGUUGCACUACGCUGCUCUGCCGCCGCCAAGGCGCAGAGCGAUGAGCGGUACUGGGUGCAGCUGGGUGCACCCAACCUCCUCAGGGCCACCGACAACAGCCCAGCCUUUACGCUUUCGGAGGCGUUUUUGAAUCAGCCCGAAUACUAUGUGUGCGCACCGGGGUCCGUCAUCACCAGCCUCAACGUGCACACAACAGCUGGCCAGGAGCCAAGUGGAGAUGUGCCGGUGAUGGCAAAGCUGGAGUUCAUUUGUGGGCCGCGCCCGCCGCCUGCUACCUACGCAUCCCUGUCCGACAUUGCAGCCGGGUACGGUGUUACGGUCAGCGACUUGGCCCGGGCCAACCCCGCUAUCUUCCCACGCGGCUCGGCCUCAGCUGCUGCCGGGUCUGUGGACCCAGCCCUGAACAACACAGAGAUCCGCAUUCCCUUGAUGUGCGGGCCCGCACCAGUGCAGCCGCCCGCCACCACCAUCGCCGCAGGGUGCCCAAGGUAUUGGCCGCUGCCCAACACAACAAAUGCCGGUACAACCACUUGUGGAAUGGUGGCGCGGUCGUAUGUGUCUGGAGAUCUGGCCUACCUUUCAAGAAUAAACAACAACAUCUGCCCCAAUGCGUCAACAAUAGUCGCAAGGGGCGUCCGGCUGUGCAUUGCACCAAGGAGCAGCGUUCUGUCGGUGCCACAAGCCAGCUCCACAACAACAGUGCCCAGGGGUCGUCGCCAUCUGCUGGCUGAUGAGGUGUUUGGCAACCCCAUCGCGACUGGAGGCUUUGUGAUCAACAACACCAUUGUUACGUGCAUCCUGAGUCAGUGGGUAGCAGUUGGACAAUCGUGCGAGGACAUCGCAGUCACAUACAACCUGCCUAUCUCCACGUUCCUUGCCUACAACCCAGAUUUGGAAUGCGUGAGACUGCAGGCGGGCUAUGAGGUAUGUGUGAGGACGGGCCCGCUGCGAGCAGACUCGCUCAGCAUUGUGAGCCUUGAGGAGGCCCGAAAGACCACCUGUGAACUGCUGCCGGGCGUGUGCGGCCCUGGCACCUGUGUCAACACCAACGCCACGGCUCAGGGGUACACGUGCACGUGCCCGAACACCACCGUGUUCACUGGUGCCACAUGCACGUUCUUACCUCAGCCAUCACAAGUGCCGCCGCCGGCCCCAAGCCCACAGCAGCCAACUCCUCGGCCGCCGCCGCCACAAUCACCCCCGCCAAGGCCACGCCCGCCCUCAACUAGCCCCCCACCGCCGCCCCCCCCACCGCCGCCCCCACCACCCCAAGGUAGCUUCACCAAUGCGGGAUUUUUCAACGGCCGCUCCAUCUUCGUCUACCGCCCAAGCCUAACAAACUACAGCCGCUGCAGCAGCAUUUGCACGCAGGAGCUCGGCGGCAGCGGCGGCAACUUGCUGUCGAUUCGCAAUGUGGCCGACAACUCCGUGAUUCAGCAGAUUUUUGCUUUUUACAGAGAAGAGAUCUUUGCGGGCAGCGGCAGCUUCCCGUCCUACCUCAUAACUGGGGGCAUCCGUCGCGCUAAUGGCACCUGGUACUGGGAUGACGGUACCGCGCCUUCGUUCGGCCUGGCCGCCGGCUAUUCCAACUGGCCGUGGGACGUGGGCGAACCCAAUGACGCCACCCCAGGAGAGAACCGCGUGGCCAUGUACGCGGAUGGAUCCUGGAACGACGUCAACGAAACACGGGACGGCAUGUGCGCGUGCUGGCGCCCCUACAUUCCCGGCGACACCCCCACGCCGGUGACCGGCGUCGUGCCUGCCACCGCGCCCCUGCUCUCGACCGCCGAACAGUUUGCAUACUACUUCACCACCCCGUUCAGGCAAUCCUUCCUGUACAGCAUGCUGUACCGCGGCCGCCAGUACUUCAGUACUGCCAGCAUGCCGCUGACGUCAUGCAAUACCACAUGCCGCAACGGGCUGGUGGGCGGCGGCCACAUGCUCAGCAUCCACAGCGCGGAGGAGAAUGACGUCAUUGCGCAGCUGUUCCGCGCCACGCGCCGGCGCCUGUACGACGCCGGGUCUGGCAUCGUGUGGCUGCUGAUGACCGGAGGCUCGGACGCGGCUGAGGAGGGCACGUGGGUGUGGGAUGACGGCACGCCAUUUGAUUACGGCCUACCUCUGGGUUCCAUGCCACCUUGGAUCUUCAGUGACAAAAGCGCCAACGGUGCACAGCCAGACAACGCCGCUGCGGGCCCGGGUGAGGACUGUCUGAACAUGUGGGUCAACGGCUCCUGGAACGACAUCGGCUGCGGCACGUUGCAAGGAAUGUGCAUGUGCUAUGUGGAGUCGGUGUAAAGUGCACAAGCUGCUGGAUGCAUGUACACAGCACGUCGUACAUAAAUCCAUGAACGUAUGGGGGUAUGUGUGCAUUUCGGGCAUUUGUGGUAUACUAAGAAUACGGUAUGCGUGACGGGUCGGUGACUCUGGGAAGUUGGGCGAAUUGCCAAGUACGGUACAGAGAAUGCUAUCUCAUCAAGCGGGAUUUGCGCAAGGGAAGGGACUGACUGGACUCGAACAGCACGUGUGUGCGCAACGGUUGGUGCCGCGGUGGCAUCCGUGUGAGCAUGUAUGAGCUGUUUCUCGUUUCAAGCCAUGACUUCCCUUGCGUGACAUUGGAACUGUCAAGCUGCCGUUGAACGACGUGAUUGCAAUGCUGCCACUGCCCAGCGAACGUACAACAUGGAGAAUUACUUUGUUACGUGUCCGCAGCCCGGCUGUGGCUGGCUGAAGAGCGCAGUGGAAAAGGACUGAGCAGGCGCCCGGCAGACAUGGGCUGGCGUCAUAGGCCGCGGAAGUCCGCAUUACGCCUCUCACCAGUGACCUCAAGGGCACAAGUUGCUCAGUUGCUUUGUUACCAAAGAUGCUGUAAAC